AUGAAUUCUGCCGCUGCGCUGGGCCAGCGCUUGCUCGACGAAAUACGAGAAGAGAGCCUGGACGAGGCAAGUUUUCACUUUUCUUUGGAGAUACUUCUGCAUGACUUGCGAGCCCAAUUUGAACCUCGCACGGAAAGAUCCCAUUUUGGGGUGAAAGACCUCGAUGAUCUACUCGAUGCAUUCCUGAGCGCUCAUAGCCCGGCAUUAACUCAACAUCAACAUCAACAGCAAGAUCAUAGUCUAAACUCCGGCGCUCAGAUUACACAUGCUCAUUCAGCGUCCUCGACAGCUCUAGGUUCCAGCAGAGCAACUCGCAUCGGCAGAAAACUUCCUGUCAUCGAGAUAUCAAGCCCUAGCUCUGGUGGCGGUAAAUCGCAACUACUGUACUAUCUCGCCGCUAUUGCUGUUCUACCAUCUUCUUUCAAGGGCAAGAAAAUAGGAGGCCGGAAUGGCGCUGUUGUAUUGCUCGACACUGAUGGCAGGCUUGAUGUCAAGAGACUCUAUGAAAUAGCCGAAGGAGCCAUCCAACAUGCCCAACGUGCCAGUUCUACGGAUGUAGAUACGAAUGAGACUACUGCCGCUGAGGCAGCUGCCAUAGCAUCACUCAUCCGCGAUUCUCUCCAACACGUUCACAUCUUUCGGCCGCAGAGUUCGUCUUCCUUACUUGCUACACUGAAGUCUCUUGACAAAUACCUCCUGGACAUGCGUCGGCAUCGCUCAGCUACACGCCCACUUCAUGCAGUAAUCCUGGAUAGUGCUAGCGCAUUUUACUGGCAAGAUCGUAUGCGAGACGAUGUCGCUCGCACCCAAGAAAUAGGACGCAGCGCGGCAGAGAUAAAACAAGACCGUGAACAGAGAAAAACCUUCUAUUUGAACAUCCUCUACCAGGAUAUAGCCAGUGAACUCCGACGCAUCCAGACAAUCUUCGAAUGUUCCGUGGUAUAUACAACUUGGGGGCUAAACCGUGCUUUCUCUGACAAGAAUGCACCAUACGCGCAUCUAUGGUCCGGACCGCCUUCAUUCAAACCCCAUCUCCCACCUCCGUGGAAUAGCUUCCCCGAUUUGAGACUCGUUGUGCAACGGGAUACUGUUCGUCCUUAUCCUGCUUCAUCAACAUAUACAGAGAUCGAGCGUGAUGCGCCUAUUCGACAGGGUGUAGUGAGACAAGGCAAAUUCUCUGCUUGGGUUGAUACGUGGGGAAGAGAAUACUGGCCGCCAGGCAUAAUCAACGCGUUGAGAAAUAUGCCAGAACAUGGUGCAUUCCCCUUUUGGGUGCGAAAAGAUGGCGUGUUCAUGGACGAUCUGAUGUCUGAUACAUGCUGA